UGUGCUUGAGUGCAGUACUCAGUAAAGCUCCCAGCAACAUUGCUUUUCUCAUCUGGCAGACAUGAACAACACUACGGACUAUGGACAAGAGCCAGAGCUGGCCUAUGCUCUGGUCUUUGGCUCUAUCUUGGUAAUAGGUCUGCCUCUCAAUGCUUUCUCCGUGUGGACUCUGCUAAGACACCACAGCCUCAAAUCCCCCAGUGCCAUCUACAUGGUCAACCUGGCCAUCUCUGAUCUGCUGCUCGUCAUCUCCCUCCCCAUGAGGGUCUACUUUUACGCCACAGGCACCUGGCCUCUGGGCAAAGGGGCAUGUAUCGCGAUCACAAUGCUCUUUCUAGACAACAUCCGCUCUAGCGCCAUCUUCAUCACCCUCAUCAGUGUGGACCGACUGCUGGCUGUGGUUUAUCCUCUGAGGUCACGGCAUCUUCGAACUGUUCGCAACACCUGGAAAGCUGUUGUGCUCGUCUGGCUGUUUGUGGGGGCGCUGAACAUCACAGAGAGAGUGUACCUUUCAACAGUCUUCAAAGGCUUCGAUGGAGCCAGCUGUUUUGAAUUUCCUGACCACCGUACUUAUAGAUCACCAAUGGCUUAUUUAGAGUCCACAUUAGGGCUCACCUUGCUGGCAGUCAAUAUUGUGUGCACCACUUCGGUUUCUUGGACUCUACACAAACAUCUCAGUGACUUUGCAAGGGUCAACAGCAAGGUAAAUGUCAUGCUACUUUUUGUCAUGAGCUUGGUUAUAUUCACUGUAUGUUUCUUGCCUCCGUCGAUUGCUUUAUUAGUUAUGGGGAGACCUUUGACUACGCCUUACGUAUGUCUGGCUAGUGCGAACUGCUGUAUGGAUCCACUGUUGUAUUACUUUUCUCUGGAUGCCUUCUGGAAGAAAAAAGAGGAUGCAGAUCUCGCAAUGGAGCCAUAGACAAGGACAUGCUAUUUUCAUGGGAAGACAUAAUAGCUUCUUGGAUGCUCAUUUGACUUUGUGAGUUUGAUGGUACGAUGGAUUUUAUGUAUAAAAAAUCUCUUUAAUAAAAUGUUUUUGAUAUCUAGUAAAAGAUGGAGAAAAGUGUUAUGAUACAGUCUAAUGUCUAAUGUACAGCUAUCACAUUUAAUUCAUGCUUAGAGUCUAUAACAUCACAGAUUCAUGCCCAGAAAGACA